AUGGUACGGUUGCUUCCUUUCGAAUGCAUCUCAAAUUUGGGUGCCAAUGGGAUGUACAAAGACAUCGAGGGAGCGGAUCCGACGUGUCCCAGAAUGUGCAAGAAAUCCGUCAAAGCAAAUGUCAGAUGGAGUUUCAAUACUGUUAUAGACCAGAUUGACACUAAAACAAAGGGAAUUAAGAGCAUUCUUAAGAAGGAACCGACAGAAGAAGCUCUUCUUUUUGAUGUAGAGGAUCUCGAUGGAAGUGAAGAUCCAACGGUUAAAGUAUGGAAGCAAUAUCUUGAGAGGAAUCCGGAGAGCGUAUACUGGAAAAAAAUCCAUGAAAUGGAAAUUCGUUCCAGGAAUUCUUCAAAGAAAAAGAAGAAGGGGAAAAGUUUGGUAGAUGAAGAUGAAAUAGAAGAUGAGGGACGAGAAGUAGAAGAAGAAGAACAAGAACAAGAACCACAACAACGACAGCAACCGCAACAAAGAUUCAUACCACAACAAGGGAUACAAAAGGGAGCACAAAGAGUUCACGGAGUGUCAAGAAAACCCAACAGUGAUGAGGGUGAGGCAAACGACGAAGAAACUGAAGAGGAUGACGCCGAUGGUGAAGAGGGUGAAGGAACCGAGGAGGGUGAGACAACCGAUGAAUCUUCUGACAAAGAAUCAGCUGAUAAAUCCAAUGAAGACACAGAUAUGUCGGUACCACCUGUUGAACAUGAAAUCAAUCAACCUCCAUCAGCAGUUGAAUCCUCUGAUACACAGCAGUUGAAAAGAACAAAAAGGAAGCUUACUGAUGGGUCAUCCAAAAGAAGCCCUUAUGUAGAAACAAUAUCAACUGGUCCACCGGUCAAAAGAACUCGGUCUCAGGCUGUAGGAGGUCGAGGUAGAGGCAGAGGUCGAGGCAGAGACAGAGGCCAAGGCAGAGGUAGAGGUAGAGGCAGCGGCAGAGGUCGAAGCAAAACUGUCCAGGAGGAUGUUCCUGAGGAAGAUGAUGAUGAGGAAGAAGCUUCUGAGGAUGACAUUGCUAGGGUAAGAACUGAGAAAGGAAUUCUGCUUUCGUUGAGUGAAGAAAAGGAGGAUGUUCCUGAGGAAGAUGAUGAUGAGGAAGAAGCUUCUGAGGAUGACAUUGCUAGGGUAAGAACUGAGAAAGGAAUUCUGCUUUCGUUGAGUGAAGAAAAGCAUAUUGAGGAGGCAAUGUAUGAGUUACGACUCCGCGUUAUAAACAAUCCGGUGACCUAUAUAGGAAGCAAUUAUAUGGGACUACCUGAGAAUGCAAAUGGCUGUGACUGCGGUGCUUUUGCUGCGAAGUAUGUCGAUGCGAUAUGUCUUGGAAAAGAACAGACGUUGUGCCCAAUGAUUUGUGAUGCCAACAUCUCCAUGAUCCGUGAGCAGUUGGCAACCUCCAUAUUUGCAAAUGGCCAAGUUCAGAAGAAGUAG